AUGCCUAAACGUACUAGGGCUGAAAAGCGCGCUCGUACUGCCGUAGCGCGCGAGGCCAAGCGCCUCAAGACGACUUCGGGGGAGAGCGGCGGCUCCUCUACUUACGACGACGAUCCGCUUGUGGGCGACGGCCUUCUGGCCGAAGAAGAGAUUACCCAGGAGGUGGGUGGAGGUGAGGGUGGUUCAGAGCCCCCUCCCUCGCUCCCUCUUGGCGGGUGUGAGGCGGUUCCUCCGUACCCCUCUGGCACCCCUGGUGCCGAGGGACUUCUCGAGCGGGACCUGACUUGCGUAAUGGCGGCGUUGCGUGAGGCCCUGGCGGCCGACGGGCUGCUGGGUGAGGUCAAGGACGAGGUGGCUCGUGUAGACGAGGCUUUGGCAAGAGAGGCGUCUAUGGGCGCUCUCUCUGUGCUCGAGGCCUAG